AUGAUCUCCACUUUUGGAGAGAGCACCGCCAUGAGUCAAGAGAAUCCACUUGAGCCAAAGGGCAAGAACGGCAGUAUCGUCUGGCUUGGAAGCUACUUCAUGGCUUACUAUUUCAUAGAGUUUGGAUAUGCUCUCCAGCCCAUUUUCUUCGGCGGAAAAUCUCUUAACUACUUCCUUGAUACUGGCCUCGUCAUUAUUGGUGGAGCACAAGUGGAUAAGUUUUUCGGGUUCUUGAAGAUGGCUGCGAAUUUUGUCAAAGAGAAUUUCACUGGGAAUGUUUUUAAUUUCCGUCAGUUUGGGAACAAUUAUGCUUGUAUCUGUGUUCACCUUGCUGGCUGGUUCCUUUUCACUGGUUUGUAUGGAAACGAUAACCUCUCCCACAGACUUGAAAUUCCAGUCAAUAUCUUCAAACUGAGGCUGCAAGCCUUUAUACCAAAUUCCAGUGAGACUAUCGUCUCGAUAACAAACCGCCGAAAAACGAACUGGAACCUCGUCAUCUUGCGAGGAGGUUCUGAUCAAACAUGCGGGCGGUCUUUCGUGGAAAUCAGACUCAAAAUCCAUUACGAACACUUCAAUACCUGUUUCUGA